UUUGUGCACCCGGAUUUAAACGUGAAUUUCCCGGUCCAUUAUCUAAAUGUGUUCCCUGUAAAUGUAACGGGCAUUCUUUUGGUGGUAAAAUGUGUAUUUGUUAUUGUAAACAUAAUACAGCUGGAAAUACUUGUGAAAGAUGUGCUAAUGGAUUUUAUGGAGAUGCUUUGACUGGGACAUCAGAAGAUUGCAAACCUUGUAACUGUCCUGGAGGGGGCGCCUGUAUUUAUUUGGACAAACAAUUAAUUUGUACAAAAUGUCCAGAAGGGUAUACAGGCCCUCGUUGUGAAUAUUGUUCUGAAGAUUAUUUUGGACACCCUUUAUUUGGAAAACCUUGUCAAAAAUGUGAUUGUAAUGGAAAUAUAGAUCCAAAUAAUAUUAGACAAUGUAAUUUAUUUACUGGACAAUGCCUUCAAUGUAUUCACCACACAACUGGCUGGAAUUGUGAAAAAUGUUUACCCGGUUUUUGGAAAGCUCCAAAUAAUUAUUUAUUUGGAGAUGAUAAAAUAACUAAAAAUAAAUUUAAUUGUAUUCCUUGUAAUUGCCAUCAAUUGGGAACUAUUAAAAAUAAAAAAGGAAAAUUAUUUAGUUGUUCUCAAAUAAAUGGACAAUGUAAAUGUUUACCUAAUGUAAUUGGAAAACGUUGUGAAAAAUGUGCAAUUGGCUAUUUUAAUAUAUUUUCUAAAAAUGGUUGUCAACCUUGUAAUUGUGAUCCUUUAGGGAGUUUAGAUGUUACUGAAUGUGAUCAAAGAAGUGGGCAAUGUAAAUGUAAAAAUGAGGUUAUUGGAAUAAAUUGUGAUCAAUGUGCCCCUAAACAUUUUGGUUUAAAUUCUGGCGGAUGUUCAAAAUGUUUAUGUAAUAAAAUUGGUUCUGAAAGUAUUGACUUUUGUGAUAUUAGAAAUGGGCAAUGUUUGUGUAACAAUAAUGUUGAGGGAAUUUAUUGCGAUCAUUGUAAAGAAAAUUAUUUUAAUUUGUCUAUUAAUGGUUGUCAAAAAUGUGAUGAUUGUUAUUCUUUAAUUUCUUCUAAAAGAGAUUUUAUAAAAGAAGAAAUGCUUAAAUUUAAAUUAAAAAUGGAUAAUUUACUAAAAAUAAAAGUAGGUAAUUUAUUUUGGAGUUUAUAA